AUGGAUCGUAUUACAUCGUCAUAUUCACUAAUACCAUCAACUGAAUUGGAUGCGAAUCCAACUAUGGCCGAUCUUUGGCAAUCCAAUAAUGCAGCUUAUUUAUCACAAAUACCCACAACUCCCAAUAAUAAUAAUCCAAUGCAACAAACUUCACCCAAUAAUCCAUCUUUACAAUCACUCCCGUCUGCUAAUCUUGGUUAUGCACGACGAUAUGCAGCGUCUAAGCCACCAUAUUCUUAUAUUUCAUUAAUUACACAUGCUAUCAAUGGCUCACCUGACCGUAUGUGUACUUUAUCACAAAUCUAUCAAUAUAUUCAAGAUCGUUAUGCAUACUAUCGACAGAACCAACAACGUUGGCAGAAUUCUAUUCGUCAUUCAUUAUCAUUCAAUGAUUGUUUUAUUAAAGUUCCGCGUAGUAGUGAACGUCCUGGAAAAGGUUCAUUUUGGACAUUACAUCCUGAUAGUGGAAAUAUGUUCGAGAAUGGUUGUUAUUUACGACGACAGAAGCGUUUUAAAGUCAAAGAUAAAACGAAAGAUCCAAAUAAAUCAAAAACAACUAAAGAUAAAAUAGGCAAUUUGAAUCUAAAUAAAUCUCAUUCGUCAUCGUCACCAUUAUCGGACCAUACAAUGGGAAGAUUAGAUUCACCAGGCUCAUCACCACGGCAAGCCAGUGCAUCGGAAUCGUUGACUCUACCUCUACCAUCAUCCUAUUACCAUCAUCCUCAUCAUCAAUAUUCACAAAUUCAAUCGCAAACCAACUAUUCAAAUGAAACGAUGCCUAUGAUCAAAACCGAAUACCAUCAUCAUCCGACCUCCUCAUCGAUUUAUACACCUCCAAACUACGAUCCGAAUAACAAUGGUCUACAAUAUUUAACUUCCGAACAUAAUCCACAAUAUUUUCAUGGAAUCGAUCAAACAACAACAUCGUCGUCGUUUUUACAUCAAAUUGCUCCACCAGGUACCUUUCGUAUUGAUGAUCUGAUAAAUGGCCAACCAGAUUUCAAAGCGUUCUACUCAACAAUGACUGGUCAUGAAACAACAAGUAAUUAUUUGGAUACGACAAAUCCCAAUGCUUACUAUUAUAAUAACAAUAACAAUAAUACUACCAACCCACCAUCAUCUUAA